CAAAGGCCUUACAGCAGGGUUGUUCUGAGGGAGACAGCCACAGCGUGGCACAGCAGCAGGGUUCAUAGUCUGGUCAAUACGUUUUCAAGGACUGUGCAGAGCCGGUGAAUCAGUCAUGCCCCCUGCAGCGGCAACCAAUCUAGGCUACACUCCACCAGAUGGAGGCUGGGGCUGGGCUGUCGUCUUUGGCGCUUUCAUCUCCAUAGGAUUCUCCUAUGCCUUUCCCAAGUCCCUCACCAUCUACUUUAAGGAGAUUCAGGAAUAUUUUUCAGUUUCUUACAGCGAGAUUGCCUGGGUGUCCUCAGUCAUGCUUGCUUCUAUGUAUGCAGGAGGACCUGUGAGCAGUAUACUUGUCAACCGCUAUGGCAGCCGACCUGUGGUUAUGAUCGGUGGGCUGAUGGUUAGUGCUGGCAUGGUGCUUGCUUCUUUUGGCACUACCAUCGUGCAUCUGUAUCUUUGUGUUGGAGUGAUUGGAGGUUUUGGUCUUGCCUUCAACCUGCAGCCCUCACUGACGAUCAUAGGUACCUACUUCCAGGUAAAAAGGCCGCUGGCGAACGGGCUCGCUAUGACAGGAAGUCCAGUUGUUCUGUCCACUCUGGCUCCUCUCAAUCAGUUUCUGUUUGAUUCUUUUGGCUGGAGAGGGAGCUUCCUCGUCCUGGGCUCCAUUGUCUUGCACUGCUGCAUAGCUGGUGCUCUGAUGAGGCCAGUCAACAAAAGUGUCCAACCCAAACCAAUGACUGAACCACCACAGUGUAACGGGGCAGCAGCUGAGGAAGAUGCUGCUACGGACACCAGCGCACCGUCGGCUAACCAAAGUGAGAUGAGGAGUCAGGGCUGCAUGCACAAAUUCAUAGAUUUCUCACUUUUCAGACACCGGGGCUUCCUCAUUUAUCUCGCUGGUAAUGUGGUCAUGUUUUUUGGCUUUUUCGCACCUGUGGUUUUCCUAGCACCAUAUGCCAAACAUCAAGGGAUUGAUGAAUAUUCAGCUGCUUUGUUGCUUUCCAUUUUUGCUCUGGUGGACAUGUUUAUCAGACCAGCAACUGGCCUCAUUGGCAACACCAAGUGGAUAAGACCAAGGAUUCAAUAUUUCUUCAGUUUUGCUGUUUCAUACAAUGGCGUGUGUCACCUUUUGUGCCCACUGGCGUCUGGCUAUGUGGGUCUGGUCAUUUAUGCUGUCUUCUUUGGUUUGGCUUUUGGGAUGGUUUCUGCACUGCUCUUUGAGGUUCUGAUGGACCUUGUUGGAGCUCAUCGUUUCUCCAGUGCAGUUGGACUUGUCACCAUUAUCGAGUGUGGACCAGUGCUUCUUGGACCUCCAAUUUCAGGAGCCUUGGUUGAUAUUUUCGGGGACUACAAAUACAUGUACUAUGCCUGUGGUGUGUUUAUGCUGGUGCCUGGCAUAUUUUUCUUCAUCAUGCAUUACUACAACUACAAGAAACUGGAUGAGGAGCGGAGGCAGAGUGUGGCCGUGGAGAUGAGGAUUUCUGAAGAGGCAGUAGAACUUAAAAUGAGCCAAGACUAUAAAACAGCACAUGAAACAGAUGGAUGAACUCACUCACUAUGAUUUUAUUUUAGUGGGUGUAGAAAGAUGACACAGGUUCUACUGCAGGACACAGUAUAUGGGCUAUUACUGAUGAAAAUUAUUUUCUACUUUGGAUGAGGUUAUUGGACUCUUUGGACCUUUUCUACAUAUCUGUAGAUUAAUAUUUGGUAUUUUAAUGGUUGUUUUAUGUAUAUUAUUAUUAUCACAUUAUGCGACAACUGUAACUCUAAUGGCCUGGUUCAUCAAUCAUCCAGAACCGCACCUGUUCCCUCCAGUACAAUUAUCAUAAUAGCACCAUGAACUGAUAUGGUUCCUCUUUGUUUAUUAAGUGGCUGAAUAAAAAGUAAUUUUCUUGAGGGACUGAUAUUAAAAAAAAAAUGGGUCAAAACCCACAACACAGAGCUGUAGCACUAUUGUCUAUUAUCAUCUUUGUACCACUAGAUGGCACUGGACGCUAUCAUGUGAGAACUGGUCAAGGUGCAAUAAUAUCUCUCCUAUUUAACUGCAAUUAAACUAAAGCCAUCUUCAUUGAGGGUUUAGUUCUUUACAGCACCGCUUUGCAUAGUUUGGGUCAUGACCCUCCCGUGGGCUGCCAGACAUCUUGAAUGGGUCACCAAGGGCGCAGCAAUUAAAAAAUGAGAAUAUUAAAUGUCUGGCGUGAAGACAACAGACUUUCCUUCUUAAAAUGCCCUCCCAGAAAUCCCUGGGAUGCUGCCCACAAAUUUAAAUCUCCCUUUUAGUGAAAAAUUCUUUAUUCAUUCUUUAAGUUUUAGUCUACAGUAAAACACAUUUUAAGUGUCAUGGGGCUCUGUAAAAGUUGUUUCAUUGCCACACUGAUUUAGCACAGUCAUAAAAAAUUAGUAUGAAGUUAUGGAAAUGUUUUAGAAUUGAACUUUUAAAUAAGUGUGGGGAACCCUGUGUGCAUUUAAUAAAAUUGAAUUUGCAUGAAUGGCUGAAGAGCUGA